AUGACUGGAGUCUCUCGUAGCAGCAGAUCUGCGCCGCUGGGAACUGAGCCGACUCACAAUGAACAGGCCACUACUACCAAAGAGAUCGAUCCGACCUCCAUUCCCAUCAAGCUUACCUCGGGCGUCGAAUUGGAAUUUAGGCACCUUCAAGACACCGGACAAGAAUGGCCGGAAGACUUUGCCGUAGACCAUCCUGAUCACGGCCGAAAGCGUAUCUAUGCAUCUCUCAGCCGCCCAAUGACUGCCGAGUGUGCUACCUGUGGCAGAGACACGCAACUCCAGUUGCAGAUUAACCCCGUGGUUCACGAGGGCUCUCAAGGUUCGUUCCACCCCUCGUAUGCGAAGUGGACGGUCGAUGUUGAUGGUGAUAUCCAGAUCAAAGCCUCUGAGCUUGCAACAUUGGGAGAGGACUUCCAGACAAUUCUCAUGGACCGCAUCGAGGUUCAGAGCCGGGUUCUCGACACUUCGCGCGUGCGGAAACCCAAGGGCACGAAGGUAAUCGCGGACCAUGAAUGCCGUGUCUGUGCUGACGCUGAGAUUAGAGCUGUGUGUGAUCGGCUGCAAGAAGAUUUCAACUCUGCCCGGGGUCACAUUGAUGAACGCGUCGUGGUCCAUUCCUCAUGUGGGCUUCACAUUCAUAUUGGCAAUGGCGACAAGGGAUUCCCGUUGCAGACCAUCAAGAACCUCGUAUCUUUGUACGUCGCUCACGAAAUGGCAAUCGACAGCCUCCAUUCCACUGACAGAAUCACAGGCAGCUGUCUCUCCCAGACAACCUACGCCGAAGUCCGCCGCGAGGGAGGUGGCUAUCGCGACAUCAACUUGGGCGGGGAUACGUACAAUAUCCCUUGGUCCGCCCAUUUCUUGCAAAGCGCCUUCGCACACAUUCACGGCUUAGACGCCGCGGCCAAGUCAGUCGAAGACCCUCAUCUCCCGAACAGAUACCCGGAUCGCAUCUUCCAUACGCAACCCGAGCUCGUCGACCUGUCGAAAGCCUUCGACGUUCCCUCCUGGUUGACUCUGGUUGACAAUGCUUCCAACAUCAAGGAUCUCAGGGAUCUCCAGGGCGAGUACGCGCGCAAGUCUACGAUUAAUCUCGGUAACCUCUUCGGUUUCCUCCCCCAUGGUCUGGAGGAAAAGGAUCGCUCUACAUGGAAACAGACCAUCGAAUUCCGUCAAGCAGCAGGAACUCUGCAAGCAGACGAAGUCUCCGCCUGGCACGCCGUCUGCGUCCAACUCGUGAAAUUCGCCCACCAAACCCCCGCCUCCGAGAUCCGCCAAAUCUGCCUCCGAAACUGGAACCACACCACCUGUGACGCCCUCGAUUUCCUCAAACUCAUCGGUCUCUCCAAAUCCUCCCAUCCAUAUCAACACUACAAAUGGAAACUCGGAGAGCAUUACGCCCCGCACAUGCGCGAGAAAGAACGCCAAGCCGCUUUCGCAUUCGGAGCGAAUGGUGUCUUUGUGCCGAUCAUGAGCGAGUUCAUCCGAGGGAGGUGUGAUCGUAUGGAUAUUUCCGAGGUCGGGAAACGCAUCCGAGUGAAGUUUUUGGCGGGAGGGUAUGGGCAGUUUGAGGAGGGGUAUUUGAAAGAGUUGAAGAUUAAAGGCGAGAGGAGGGAGGGGUUGAUGAUUGGGUUUAGGGCGAGGGAGCCGGAAGAGGAGCUGAGUGAGGAUGGAGCUGGACCGGGUAAGGGAGUUGGAGAGGAGGUGGUGGCGGAGAGGAGUUUGUCUUGGUCCGAGGGCGAUGAAGAGAUUUUCAAUUCGCGAUGA